AUGGACGGUUGCCGAUUCUUUCCGCUCCUGUCGCUGAUAGUCAACGUUGAUCUUCUGCAAGGACAAGUAGUGGAAAAUUGCGAAUAUCACUACUCGGUUAAUGGAAACAACGUCACUAAGCCUGCGUGCAAGCAAGGCGAGAUUUGUAUUGAACCGGGCGUGAAGAACUUCACCGUCUACGUGGAGGACCAUUGUGUAAGUGUAAUGGGGUUGCGAUUUCACCAACCCUAUUUUCAGGACUAUGUCGACUCUUUCGAUUACACGAGCAUUGUAUCGCGUGAGUUGUGCGGUGCACAUCAGUUUAUGUAAAAAUUCAUUUUUAGGAUGCGAAGGCGGAGAACCACCGCCUCCAAUCUCGAUGAAUGGACAGGCGAUCUCGAGUCUUCCCAUCAUCUAUUACAUGCUUGGUUGCAUCACCUUUCGCUUGAAAACUUACGAUUUGUAA